GAGAUGCCCAGACAGUUUCCAAAGCUGAACAUCUCUGAGGUUGAUGAGAAUGUGCGACUUCUAGCAGAGAAGGUAUUUGCUAAAGUUCUCCGAGAAGAAGACAGCAAAGAUGCCUUGUCACUAUUCACUGUGCCUGAAGACUGCCCUAUUGGGCAGAAAGAGGCCAAGGAAAGAGAACUGCAGAAGGAACUGGCAGAACAACAGUCUGUGGAAACAGCUAAAAGGAAGAAAAGUUUCAAGAUGAUUCGAUCCCAGUCUUUGUCAUUACAAAUUCCGUCUCAGGAAUGGAAAGCACCAUCAGCCAAUCCUGUUCUGUCUCCUGCAACACCAGUUCUUCCAAGUGCUUUUGUGCCAGUCCAAGUGCCAUAUGAUGUACCAGAGUUUCAGAGAGUUUCAAUUAGUGGGGACUACUGUGCAGGGGUUACAGUCGAUGAUUAUGAACAAGCUGCCAAGAGCCUGGUGAAAGCUCUUCUCAUUCGAGAAAAGUAUUCACGUCUUGCCUACCAUCGCUUCCCAAGAACAACAUCUCAGUAUUUGUGUAGCAUGCAAGAUGAAAAAUGGAAGGUUGAAGAUGAAGUGUAUCCAGAUUUCCAUUCACCCCCAGAAGAAAAUGAAGACCCUUACAAUCUUGAUGAUGCUCCAGACAAUUUGGAAUAUGUUAUCAAGAUGAAAGGUGGCAUUCCCUUUAUUUAUGAUAACAAAGAAAUGAUGGAACUCAAUGAGCCUCGGAGUCUGCCAUAUCCUGACCUGGAGACCUAUACCCUUGACCUAAGCCACGUUCUUGCUCUAAUUGCAGAUGGUCCAACAAAAACAUAUUGUCAUCGGAGGCUUAACUUUUUAGAAUCUAAAUUUAGUUUACAUGAGAUGUUAAAUGAAAUGUCGGAAUUUAAAGAACUAAAGAGUAAUCCCCAUCGAGACUUUUAUAAUGUGAGAAAGGUUGAUACUCAUAUCCAUGCUGCUGCUUGCAUGAACCAGAAACACUUAUUGAGGUUUAUUAAGCACACGUAUCAAACAGAGCCCAACAGGAUUGUUGCAGAGAAAAAAGGCAAGAAGAUGACUUUAAAGCAAGUCUUCGAAAGCCUUCACAUGGACCCUUAUGACCUCACUGUAGACUCUUUAGAUGUCCAUGCAGGUCGUCAAACAUUUCAUCGAUUUGACAAAUUCAAUUCCAAGUACAAUCCAGUUGGUGCCAGUGAGCUGAGGGACUUGUAUUUGAAAACCGAGAACUACAUUGGUGGUGAAUAUUUUGCUCGUAUGGUCAAGGAAGUAGCCCGUGAACUAGAAGAAAGUAAGUACCAGUAUACAGAGCCCCGCUUAUCCAUUUAUGGACGGUCUCCAGAUGAAUGGCUGAACUUGGCAAAAUGGUUCAUUAAGCAUAAAGUUUAUUCCCCUAAUAUGCGCUGGAUAAUUCAGGUUCCCAGAAUCUAUGACAUAUUUAGGUCAAAAAAUAUUUUGCCUAGUUUUGGGAAGAUGUUGGAGAACAUCUUUGUACCUUUGUUUGAAGCAACUAUCAAUCCCAAAGACCACAAAGAAUUGCAUCUUUUCCUCAAAUAUGUGACUGGCUUUGACAGUGUUGAUGAUGAAUCCAAACACAGUGGCCAUAUGUUCUCUGACAAGAGCCUUAACCCUGACCUCUGGACCAGUGAGAAGAAUCCCCCGUAUAGCUACUAUUUGUAUUAUAUGUAUGUGAACAUCAUGUUGCUAAACAACCUUAGGAGGUAAUGGAACUUUUUAAUCUCCUCAGGGAAGUGUACUUUCUUGUUUCGACCUCACUGUGGAGAAGCUGGGUCUAUCACACACCUUGUAUCGGCCUUUCUGACAGCAGACAACAUUUCUCACGGAUUGCUCUUGAAGAAGAGUCCUGUCCUCCAGUAUCUUUAUUAUCUUGCACAAAUACCCAUUGCUAUGUCUCCACUUAGUAACAACAGCCUGUUCCUGGAGUACUCAAAAAAUCCACUACGGGAAUUUCUACAUAAGGGACUUCAUGUCUCUCUCUCCACAGAUGAUCCUAUGCAGUUUCAUUAUACAAAGGAAGCUCUCAUGGAAGAAUAUGCUAUUGCAGCCCAGGUGUGGAAACUGAGUACCUGUGACUUGUGUGAAAUAGCAAGAAACAGCGUACUACAGAGUGGUUUGUCAGAUAAGGAAAAACAGAAAUUCUUAGGGGUGAAUUACUGUAAAGAAGGGCCUGAGGGAAAUGACAUUCGAAAGACAAAUGUUGCACAGAUCCGGAUGGCCUUCAGGUAUGAGACGCUGUGCAAUGAACUUAGUUUCCUGUCUGAUGCUAUGAGAACAGAAGAGAUCUCUACUCUGUCGAAGUAG